AUGGAUAAAGGAAACUUGGUCCAGCUGCUCCAAGCGAGCCAGAUCCCCGAUACCGAGAAGGUCAAGGCUGUCACGGCCGAGCUGCAGAAGAACUACUACUCCCAGCCCGAUUCUCUUCUCCUCCUGAUCGAGAUCACCAUCUCCCACGAUGACCCCGCGAUCCGUCAGCUGGCCUCUGUCCAGGCGCUGCGCCUGACUCCCAGGCACUGGUCCAAGCUGCCCGCUGACAAGCGUGAGCUUGCCAAGAAGCACAUUCUGGAGAGCAUUCUGAACGAUCAGUCUGCUUCUUCGCGCCACUCCAAGUCGCGCCUUCUGGCUUGCGCCGUCGGCCUCGACCUCGAGGAUGGCGAGGGCCAGGACUUUGUUCGUGGAGUCCUGUCCCUGAACACCUCCGACAACGUCGCUCACCGCGAGGUUGGCUCCUACAUCCUGUUCGCUCUCCUCGAGAACGACCCCACCCACUUCGCCGAGCAGACCCAGCAGCUUCUCGGCCUCGUCCAGAAGACCAUCGUCGACCCUGCCAGCGCCGAUGUCCGCCUGAGCUCCGUCAAGUCCGUCGGCGCUCUGCUGAUGCUCGUCGACCCCGAGGAGGACACCCAGAGCCUGAACCUCAUUCAGCAGCUUGUCCAGCCCAUGGUCGAGAUCCUCAAGAACGCCAUCUCCGAGGGCAACGAUGACCAGUACAGAGACGUUUUCGAGGUCUUCCAGUCAUUCCUGGCCUACGACUCCGCCUUCCUUGCUGCCCACCUUAAGGACCUUAUCCACUUCAUGAUUGACCUCGCCGUCAACACCGAGGUCGAGGAGGAUGCUCGCUCCCAGGCCCUGGCUUUCCUGAGCCAGUGCGCCCGUUACCGCCGCAUGAAGCUCCAGGCCAUGAAGGACAUGGGUGCUCUGCUCAUGGUCAAGAGCAUGCAGGUCGUCACCGAGAUUGACACUGAUGACGAGGACGACGACAACUCUCCCGCCAGAACCGCUCUGUCUCUCAUCGACCAGCUGGCCAGCGAUCUGCCUCCCCGCCAGGUCAUCGUGCCUCUCCUUGAGCAGUUCGCUCAGUUCGCCCAGAACCCCAACCCCGGCCACCGCAAGUCCGCCAUUCUGUCUCUCGGUACUGCCGCUGAGGGUGCGCCUGACUUCAUUGCCACCCAGCUCCAGCCUCUGCUGCCCGUCGUUCUCCAGCUCCUGAACGACCAGGACGGCUCUGUCCGUCACGCUGCCCUCGUCGGUCUCAUCCACCUCGCCGACGAGAUGGCCGACGAGCUCUCCCCCAAGCACCGGGAGCUCAUCAGCGCCCUCCUCACCAACCUUGAGGCCGUCGCCGGCGCCUCCGACAAGCAGAGCGUCAGAAUCAUUCGCGCCGCCUGUGGCGCUCUCGACUCUCUCAUUGGCGAGGGUCUUGACGACGAGCUGAUCAAGGAGUUCGGCCCCAAGCUGAUUGUCCCCAUGGGCAAGCUCCUCGGCCACGAGGACUUCGCCGUCAAGGCUGCUGCUGCCGGUGCCAUUGGCGCCAUCGCUUCCGCUCUCGGUGGCGAGCAGUUCAAGCCCUACUUCAAGGACGUCAUGGGCGCUCUCGGCCAGUACGUCACCAUCAAGGACAGCGAGGAGGCCCUUGCUCUCCGCUCGUCCGUCUGCGACUCCAUGGGCCGCAUUGCCGACGCUGUUGGCGCCCAGGAGUUCCAGCCCUACGUCAUGGACCUCAUGAAGGCCAGCGAGGAGGCUCUCAGCCUCGACAACGCCCGCCUCAAGGAGACCAGCUUCAUCCUCUGGGCCUCCCUGUCCAAGGUCUACGGCAGCGAGUUCGCUCACUUCCUCCCCGGUGUCUUCAAGGGUCUCUUCGACUGCCUUGAGCUUGAGGAGGAGUCCGUCUCCAUCCCCGGCCUCAAGGAGGAGGACAUCCCCGAGGGCCUGCUGCUCUCUGGCGGCAAGAAGCUCAACUUCAAGGCCGUCGACGAGGACGACGAGGAGGGUAUGGAUGAGGACGCCGACUGGGAGGACCUCGACGACUUCGCCGGUGUCACCGCCGUUGCUCUUGAGCAGGAGAUUGCUCUCGAGGUUCUUGGCGACGUCAUCACCCACUCUUGCGGUGCUGAUGCCAUCAGGCAGUACCUUGGCGACGCCAUGGGCAAGGUCGCCCCUCUCGCCGAGCACCCCUACGAUGGUGCCCGAAAGGCGGCCAUCUCCACCCUCUGGCGCUCCUACGCCCGUGUCUGGCAGCUCUUCGAGGAGUCUACCGGCACCAAGUGGCAGGCCGGCUUCCCUCCCAAGCAGCAGCCUGACGAGGUCAUCCUCAACCUUGGCCAAAUGGUCGUUGAUGCCACCAAGGGCGUCUGGCAAGAGGACACUGAACGGAGCGUCAUUACCGAGAUUAACCGCAACAUGGCGGCCACUCUCAAGGCUUGUGGUCCCUCCAUCCUCACCCACGAUGACCUGCUCAAGGAGAGCAUCACCAUCUUGGGCACUCUCAUCACCCGCUCCCACCCCUGCCAGCAGGACCUCGGCGAUGAGGAGGAGGAGCAGGAGGCCGAGGGCUCUUCCGAGUUCGACUGGCUCGUCAUCGACACCGCCCUCGACGUCAUUCUCGGCCUCGCCACCGCUCUUGGCGGUGACUUUGCCGAGAUGUGGAAGAUCUUUGAGAAGCCCAUCCUCAAGUUCGCCAGCUCCCAGGAGUCCCUCGAGCGCUCCACCGCCGUCGGUGUCAUCGCUGAGGCCAUCAAGUACAUGGGCGAGGCCGUCACUCCCUUCACGGACUCUCUCCUGCCUGUCCUCACCCACCGCCUCACCGACCCUGACUCCCUCGCCAAGUCCAACGCUGCCUACGCCACCGGCCAGCUCAUCUACAACUCCCAGUCUACCGACAAGACCAUCCCCCAGUACCCCGCCGUCCUGGAGAAGCUUGAGCCUCUCCUGCAGAUCAAGGAGUCCCGCAUGGUCGACAACGUUUCUGGCUGCAUCUCCCGCAUGAUCCUCCGCAACCCCAACCCCGAGUUCGUCGAGCGUGUCCUUCCCGCCGUCGUCAGCGUCCUGCCCCUCCAGGAGGACUACGAGGAGAACGCCCCCAUCUACCAGGCCAUUGCCAAGCUGUACGACCAGCAGAACCCCACUGUCAUCCUGCCCAUCCUGCAGGCUGUUCUCAGCCCGCCCGAGGAGCAGCUGGAGCCCGAGACCCGCCAGCUGGUCCAGAAGCUCGCUUCGCUGCUUCACUAG